AAGCAAUGCUUGCUGGACGUAGAUCGUACUGCGCGCAUUCGUGCCUGACGUGUAAGGAAUGAUACACUUUCGGCUGGGCACAUUGGAGACACCACCGCUGCACUGGAGGUGCGCCGUGCCUUCCCCGACAUCUUCGGAAGGUGCAGAGAGGAAGUGAAGGCGCGGCCGGACCCCUGCUAGCGCGUGACGCCGUCUCUUUCCGUCAAAGUUGAUUCCCGCUUGACUUCUGACAUCUGCAGCAACAUAUCGACGUUACUCGCGAAGUCGUCCGCGAAAGCUCGCGAGUCCACCAGAGCAACACUUUCGCAAAGAUGGCGCCGUCGCCUUCCAAGCUAGAAGCUUCUGGCGCUGUGGGCUUUCUCGAUCUUCCGCCGGAGCUCCGCAAUAGAAUCUACAAGCUCUGCUUGAUUGCUGACUCCUCCAUCCGUUGCGCCGGGUACUUGCGUCUCGACCUGGGCAAAGUCACAUCCGAUAUGUCCGGCUGGGACACGCCACCCGGACUGGUGACAAAUUUACUUUCGACCUGCAAACAAGUCUACCAAGAAGCGAUGCCAGUGCUCUACGGCAACAAUGCAUUCUACCUUCAUUCGGCAGGUUAUAGAUCCCAGUUUCCACUAGGCAAUGACCCUCGGCAGCUUCCUACUCCCGUGCAAGCAAUGCGCAAGGUUCACCUCGGCAGAAGUCAGAAUCAAGUCAUUGCAAUGCGUUUGCUCGACCUGCUGCGGAAAUUUCCGGACUUAGACACUGUUCGUGCCACGGUGGGCUUCUACCGCAAUUUCCAAACACCUCGAACAAUGGCCAAGGCCCUGAAGCCAGUGGUGCGGGAUAUGCACGCUGCGAGGAAGGGAUCUGACAGGAAGGAAGCCAUUGAUGUUAUUGAGCUGGAGCUCCAAGAUCAAACCUUCGCCCAAGCGGUCAUGCAAAUACUCCGCAAGUCCUUGGGCUUGGCUUGACGCUUCCCAUCGUCGAAUAUGACCCAUCGCAGUCUGUUGGCGUCUCAGCUAUGGUAUGAAGGAGCGGACAAGUGAGCAUGGAUGACUUGUGUUUCAAUUGGCAUAAACAGAGGAGGCCCAUCCGGGUUCCCGUCAGCAUUGGCAGUGUACUGCACUCCGAAUAAUGUUGGCUCUCGUGGUACUACGGUUGGCCGUGGGCACCUGUCUGCGGACAACUCGAAGAGCUCUCCAGCCUGUGCGCAUAAGAGCAAAGGGAGGAUUCGUUGCCAAUGUUGAUUCAGCUGAAGGUAGCACGAAGAACGAGCACGUAUGAACUCUUGCCUGGUUGUUCCCACCUAGCGAAAAGAAAGCAUCUAGUGAAGAGAGCUUCAUCAGAAAACGAUGCCCUGAGCG